AUGCUCACAUUGGUGCAGAGUGAAGCUGAAACACCUCGAGAGAUUGUGGAAUCGACAUAUGACCGGUUUUUGGUGGAAUUUCCGCUAUGUUUUGGCUAUUGGAACAAGUAUGCUUUGUAUGAAUAUGGACUUGGCAGUAAAGUCAUAAAUGACGGCACAAGCACUGUUGCGACACCAGAAGAAGCGAAAUUGAAGGCUCGUCAAGUGUAUGAACGAGGUGUUGCAGCAGUUAAAUACAGCGUGGAUAUGUGGAUGAAGUACUGUGAGUUCCUUAUUCAUACGGUCCACAACCCUGUGGACGAAACGCGACCAAUCUUGGAAAGAGCAGUAAAGGCGUGCGGAGCUGAUCCCAUGGCUGGUCCAUUAUGGGAGCUGUACAUCCAGCUGGAGACCGUGAAUAAUGAUAUGCCUCGCCUGAAUCAAGUUUUUAAAUCGAUCAUGUACCAGCCUCUGCGAAAUCUCGAUGAAUUUUGGGAGAAAUACAAUCAGUUUGUGUUAGCCCAGCAAUUAAAUGCGUUGGCAACACCUGAAGAACAAAAAGCACUUGCUGGCAGUGGAGAAGAGCUAAUGGAUGAAGGAUUGCUGCGUGUCAAGAUUGUGAAUGCUGUGGAGACUGUGAAGAACAAGACGAUGGAGGAUAUUUACCGUCGACAGGCUUUUGAAGCUGCGAUCGAUCGAACCUACUUCCACGUGACACCAGUAGCUGAGUCUGCGAUGAAGAACUGGCAUAAUUACUUGGACUUUGAAGAAGCUGCAGGUAAUGCAGUCCGUUGUGAAAGUUUGUACGAGCGCUGCCUCAUUUCUUGUGCAAAUUACGAAGAGAUGUGGCUGCGUUACGUUGAUUGGAGCGAAAAAGUGCAUGGCUUUGAGGCAGCCGACACUGUGUUCCAGCGUGCUGUGACGAUCUUUCUCAAGUAUCGCCCGUCCAUUUACUUGGAAUACGCUGCUUUCUUAGAGGCUCAAGAUAAACUUCAAAAAGCCCAGGAUAUGUAUAUGAAGGUACUAUCUGAUGUAGCUCCGAAGCUCGCAGAAGCAUUCUUACGCUAUUGUAAUUUCGAACGGAGACGAGGAGAUGUCGAUACGGCAAAGACGUGGUUUGAGCGCGGAAUGGAGGUAGUCAAGGACGAAGUCGAAGCAUUUUCAUAUGUUGCUACCUCGUACGCUACAUUCCUACACAAGUUCGUUGGCGAUACAGCAUCUGCCCGUGCAGUAUUUGAGCGUGCUGUACAGCAAAACAACGGUUCGAUAUUGCUUUGGCUGAAUUUUAUUCACUUUGAGGUUAACGCCAAUGGCAAAUGUCCGGAACUUGUGCCACGGGUCUCCCGUGUUUACGAGCUUGCUCUCGAAGACAGUUGUAGUCUAUCAAUGGACGAGAAAAAUGAUUUGUGGUUUCAGUAUGUGGAAUUUAUCGAGAAUUAUGGCGGUACAAUUGCUCAGGUGCGUGAUUUGCGCCGCAGGGAAUUGGCCUGGAAGCUACAGAAGGCUCAGUCCCGCAACCGGACGAUUAAGCUGCUGAAUUUCCAGACCUGUCGGGAAGGCAAUAUGAGCGGAUACAACUCUAACAUGGAACCAGGGACAAAGCGUCCCCGUAUCGUAGCCCCGCUUACCUCUGCGGUUCUUACGGCUCCGGCGGUAGUACCAAUUACACCUACAACGGCAACAGCAACAACAGCGGCUGGACCCUACUACCAAGGCUAUCAGGGAUAUGGAGCUCAGGUCCACGCGUACUCCCAAGCCGACCCUACGGCUGCUACUGGUCAGCAGACGUAUUCGCAAGCGCAAUUCUGCACCUACUACCAACAGUAG